GUCAACCAAGAAUUUUAUUUAUUUAUACAAGUCUGGUUAGGUCGAUCAGGAAAAUUGUGUGAGUGAAACUCUCUAUUUUUGCUCUGGUCGUCUCCUAAGGUCAAUUGGUGUCUCCGCCAAGAACAAUGAGCAAGUCUAACCACAAAACCAAGAGCAAACCCACAAGCAAGGGACCUCCAUGUUUCUCUGAGUUUGGUCAGAAAGCUAAAGACUUGCUUACCAGUGGAUAUUCCAGGAGCCAGAAAUUUAGCUUCACAACCCACAGUGAUGGUGGAUUGAAAAUUACUUCAACCGCGGCAAAGAAGGGAGGUUGCUCAACUGCAGCUGUGGCAGGAGCAUACACAUACAAGAAUGCAAAUUUUGACUGUCGAAUCGAUACGGAUUCAAAAAUUACUGGAACCCUCACUUUAAAUGAGAAGUUUCUGUCAAGCACGAAUACUAGCGCUUCAUUCAGCUUGCCUGAUUACCAAUCAAGCAAGCUCCGGGUUCGAAUACACCAAGAAUAUGCUGCUCUGUCCACAUCUGUGGCUUUGAACAAGUCCCCUGCAAUAACCUUUUCAGCAGCUGUAGGGAGUUCAAGCAUUGCCCUUGGUAUGGAGACAGAGUACAAAACUGCUUCUAGCUCUUUCUCCAAGUGCAGUGCAGGCAUUUACAUGAAGAGUCUCAAUUCUGAUGCUUCAAUAAUUCUGGCAAACAAAGGUGACUUGCUAACAGCAUCAUGUGUUCUUUAUCUCAAUAAACAAAAGAAGAAUGCAGCAGUGGUAGAGUUCACUCAAAAGCUGUCAACAAAGAGAAACACCUUGACAGUUGGAGGAUCAUAUGCUGUUGAUCAUCAAACAGUAGUGAAAGCUAGACUUGACGAUCACGGAGAGUUUAAGACUGUUCUACAGUACAAUGUUAGACCCAAGUCAUGCCUGGCUAUCUCUGGUGAAUUCAACACCAAGGCACCUGACAAGAUUCCUAAAAUUGGGUUGGCACUUUCUCUUGUUCUUUAAAUGAUUUCUCAAUUUUCAUAUGCCACUGGAGCAAUUUCUUUGUCCCCAACUGAUAAUUUGUCGGUUGGGCAAUAUGACCAAUAGAUCUGUAUGAUUUUGUCAAGUUAAGAAAGUUGCUGAUUCAACAGCUCU